CGUAUACAGUCUACACGUACGUCGCCGCGACGACCGCACUACGUCCGUCGUUGUAGGUAUAAUACAGUCACUGUAUCAUAUUAUAUUGUAUGCCUACCCGUCCGUGCGCUGUACCAUAAUACUGUACGCCUAGUUCGCCGCCGUAAUCAUUAUCGUACGCGUUACACUAUAAUAUAUACCUACUGCGGUCACCGUAAUAUUAUUAUUUUUGUCGCGCCGAAUCUGCGUACACGUUCCGAUCGCGUUUAACCGUAAUAAUAAUUAUAAAAUAUUUAUAACCGUCGACAUACACAUAUAUAUAUAUAUAUAUAUUAUAUACUCAUACGUUUGCGGUUCGCGUUCUCGUCGCGGGACACUGGAAAUACUACGUUCGCCGUGUAAUAAUAUUUCAUCUUGCGCGUCGUCGUCGUGUGCUGCAGCUGCAGCAGUACACCGCUGCGUAAUCACCACCACCGCGGCGGCUCAUCCGCAUAAUAUUCCGUCGGUUCCGUGGCUGGCGCGUGGCAUGUAGAGCGAUGGCACUGGGCAUAUCUUCGACGCCCACCGACUCGUCGUCGGGCCGGGGAUCGCCGGUGAGCCCGAUCAGCAGCCCCGUGACCCCGCUGGCCACGCGGCUCGCGCCCAUGCCACCCAUGGUUCCCAACCCCAUGUUCGGGUUGCCCAUGCUAAACUUCAGCGUGUCGCAGGUGGCCAGCGUGUGCGAGACGCUCGAGGAGAGCGGUGACAUCGAGCGGCUGGCCCGGUUCCUGUGGUCGCUGCCUGUCGCCCAUCCCAACAUCGUCGAGCUGAACAAGAGCGAGGCCGUGCUCCGGGCCCGGGCCAUCGUGUCGUUCCACAGCGGCAACUACCGCGACAUGUACACCAUACUCGAACACCACAAGUUCACCAAGGACUCGCACGGCAAGCUGCAGGCCAUGUGGCUGGAGGCCCAUUACCAGGAGGCCGAGAAGCUGCGCGGCCGGCCGCUGGGUCCGGUUGACAAGUACCGCGUCCGCAAGAAGUUCCCGCUACCUCGGACCAUAUGGGACGGCGAGCAGAAGACCCACUGCUUCAAAGAGCGCACCCGAAGCCUGCUCCGCGAAUGGUACCUCCAGGACCCGUACCCCAAUCCCACCAAGAAGAAGGAACUGGCCCAGGCUACCGGACUGACGCCCACACAGGUGGGCAAUUGGUUCAAAAACCGCAGGCAACGCGACAGGGCUGCGGCGGCCAAAAACAGGAUGCAACAGCAGCAGUUCGCCGCCCAGUUGGCGCAUUCGGGCGGCCGACACUUGAACCUCCGGCGGUCCAUGUCGCCGGGCGCGGCCAGCACCACCGGGUCCGAGUCGAGCAUCAGCCUGGGCGCCCCGUCGCCGGGCCCGCCGUCCAUGCCGCCGCUGCCGCUCCAGUCGCUGCCGCCCCCGCCGCUCCAGCUGACCGGCGACCCGCCCCGCAUCGGCCUCACCAACCCGUCACCGUGCACGUUACCGCAACCGCUGGCGCUGCACAGGCCGUUCACGUGAUACAGCCCGCCUCACCCGCCGAUCACCGCCGGCUGGUGACGCGCCUUCCGCCGACGACGCGCACGGUUUGAUUUGUUCGUUUUUCGUUUUCUCUCUCUCUCUCUCUCUCUCUCUCACUCACUCUCUCCAUAUCACCGUCUCCAUCUCUCUCUCGCUCUCAUCGCUGUACGACGACGACGACGACCACCACAACAACAACAACAACAACAACAACAACAACAACAACAAUAAUAAUAAUAAUAAUAAUAUCAUAGUCCGACGUCGUCGUGUUAUCACGACGAUAACGAUGCAAUUAUUGUCAUUCGCCGACGGUCGUAUACAACUACGCGUACAGCAUCCGCGAAAUCUGCACAGAUACGAUAGAAAUAACUAGACAGUUCUACGAUAGGCAUAUUACAUUGCAAACAGUGUCACUGUCACAGUGGCGUGGCGGACUCGAUGAAAAGUUUUCGCGUUUAGCCGUAGUAUACAGUUUAUGUUAUAUUCCCGUACUCGACCGUUAUAAUGCGACACACUUGACGAAUGGACGCUCGCGAGUGUAUAUCACGAUAAAUAAUGCGAUAAACUCCACGACGAAAACGAUAAUAUUUAGUUGAUAUAGUUUUCCGUCGAGUAUACCAACGACCUCCCACCAUCCACCUCGGUUUGCUAACACAAGAGGCAGCUGUUGAUUACUUCAUCUCCGCGCCGCGCCACCAAUAUGAUGGUCAUUCUCGAGCGAUGUUUGUAUCAGAUUUACGUAUACAAGUUCGGACGUUGAUAAGUGUACUAUAAAAUAAGUCAUUUCACAUUUGGGUUUUGUCAUAGUAAAAUGUUUUGAUUUUACUAUACUAAAUUCGAUUGAACUAUAUCAUUGAUUAUUUGUGUAAUUGCUGAUCGAUAUGUUCUGCAAUACAACACUUUUAACCUCGUGGAUCAAUAAACAGAAAAAAAAAUAAUUCUGACCGUAAGACAUUACCUAUAAUUUCAGCAAAUAACUACAAUAUAAAGUGCAAAUUACUUUUACGAGCAAUACACAUACUCGUACAUAUACAUACAAAUAUAAUCAAGUUACUUUCUUUUUUUUUAAAUAUAAAUGAUAAUCACAAUUCGGUAGGUAUAAUUUCGUAUUUUUUUUUUUUUUUUUUUAUUAUACGAACGAUGAGUAGAGAUUGCAGUCCAAGUCGAAUUUGAAGAGUUUUGACUGUCUAGUUAUAAAUUUGUGAUCGAUACUACGUUGACCGACGUGCGUAAGAGAUUGCCGAAAACCAAAAUUGAAAAAAUUUAGCGGUACCCUCCCUCCACCAUUUUGAUACAUGCAUAAUAUUAUACAUUAAUUAUUAUUAUUAUUAAGACUAUUAUUAUUAUCAUUAUUAAAUUAUUAUUAUUAUUAUUAUUAUAAUUAUACAUAAUGUUGUAACACACGUUGUACCGUAUUUGUAAAAAUAAGAACAUUUUUGCCUAUUAUUUAUUUAAAAACUACAAUAUUAAUAAACAAAUCAUUGUAAUUUUUCUGUCGGACAAUCCGAUCGAUGAUACGUGUCAGAUGCGUAUAAUUUAAAUAUGUAUAAAUACCCUUCGACUAUUCGUUUUAUAUACUUUAGAAUCUUUGUCCGCAGUGUAUAUACCUAUUAUAUGUUAUAUGUAUGUAAAUAUAUAUGUAUAUAUAUUUACAUACUAUAAUGACUUUGUUUUGAAACGAUAUAAAUGUAUAAUUUUAGUAGAAUUGCCGAGAGACUUCGCACUUUAAAUUAUAUUAUACAUUAUUAUUAUACUUUGUACCGCGAUCAUAAUAUUAUAAUAAAAUAUAUUAUUAAUCACAGUAAAAAUGAAUGAUCCCGUAUUUUGCAACCCCUAAAGUGUAUAUAUAUUUAUAUAUAUAAACCUACCCUGUUAGGACGCUUAUAUUGUACCUAUAUAUAUAUAUAUUAUAUAUAU